GAACUAGUUCUUCAUUAUGGACCGCUAAUUAUUUCUCGACAGCCUUACCUUGUUCAGCAAGGUUCUUUAUUCCGGGCUGCCAUGUUAUAAAAGCAUCUAUUAUAUAUAUAAAAGUAGAAUCAAAAUUGAGUGAAAUCCAAUCCAAUUUCUGCUCCAAUUUCAAGGAAUCGGACGGCUCAAUUUUAUCCGAAAUGACCAAAUCUGGCCAUCAAUUACAAACGCCGGUUGGUCUGGAUUUUUUCGUGAAGAUUUGCAACGUUUUCUCUCCACCCGACGAGUCCCUCUGGUUUUCCCUACUGCGGAUUCUCCAAUACCGGCCCAUCAUCGCCAGAUUCUCCUCUGCCGGGGUCUUCCAAAUUACAAUCCCGACCACCUUUACUUUGUCUGGUGUGUCGUUGAAGCCGUGGGCAGCUUUUGAGUCGCGAUCUCUGCAGAGGUAGAGAUAUCACUUAAGACUACUUAAGACUGAAGUUUGAAUAGAAGAACAGGUAGAUCGUAUAUCAAUAAGGUUUGCUUCAGUGAGUGUUGAUUUUGGUGGAGAUUAUAAGUGUUGAUCAGGGUGUUGGGGUUUAAAUAAUAUGGAUACAGAGGUGAAUAAAGAUGAUGAGUUCUCUUUAGAUUCUUAAGAAGCUAGCAGGAAUAAUGGCAUAAAUAGUAGUUGAAGAGUGCUUUUGGCCGAGUGUGAUCUGGUCAUAUGCUAUUUAUUGGAUGAUGUUGUCUUAUAAUGAAGAUGGUCUCUUAAGCGUGGCUAAUCAUGAAGUUCUUUAAUAUUAAGCAUGACCUUGGGCUUGCAUUUUGCACAUCAAUCUCUUAUAAAUUUGUUUUGUUGAU